AUGCCGGCGACACUGGACCACCUCCCGGUUGAGAUUCUACAUAUGAUACUCGCCCAUUUAGGCAUCGAAUGUCGCCACACAGAUCAAUUAGAGCCGCCAGAUACCCCUCAUCGCUUUUCUCAGACGCCCGAUCAGCCAUCCUGGUACUCCCUAAAAUUGCAACCGCUUCUCUCCCUUUGCCUGGUGUCCAAGCGCUUGUGCAACGUCUUUCAACCUAUCCUGUAUCAAGAAUUUAUGCUUGGGUGUGGCGACUCGUGGUGCUCAAAGCUUUAUACAUGGGACGGUCGACUUCUUUCGUUCUUGCGAACCGUCGCUCGGCGACGAGACCUGGCUGGAUUCGUGAAGAGAAUUCGUAUAGUGCCGCAUUUGCUCCAAGCAUCUCGCGAGGAUCUGGAAAAGUAUCAGAUGCUGCUUCCUCCGCAAAUUGGCAUGAGCUCCCUAUGGUCUGAUAUGACAGAUUGUCAUGGAUUAUUCACGAAACCCAUUGAGUCUGAGGGGCCCGGAUUGAGGACAUCCAUCCUGGAAGAGGAGGCUCAUGACACUCUCCACGAGGUUGCCGUUGCAUUAGGAACCAAAAAGCCAAAGGGACUAUCAGCAAAACACUUGAUUACUCUUUUGAUUGCGGCACUACCAAAUUUAGAACAUUGCGGCAUUUUCGUUGGUCCCGCUCCAGUCAUGAGUGCUGUUCACUCUGAACCACUCUCGGCUGCUGGGAUCUCCCGACUGCCGCUGCGAACUUUGAACGUUGCAGUUCUACGCAAGAAUGACGAGGACUUUGAACUCGACUGCACUGUCCGGGCCCUUCUUGAAGUUUCACCAUGCCUUGAGACGCUUAACCUCCAUAAGUGCAAUGGGACCGGGCAACAGACCGCAUUACCUUUUCUGCCAAGCCUUAAGCAUAUUCGAGUCAUGUGCAGUCGUCUUAGCGAGCAAGCUCUUGACAACAUACUUAAUUCUUGUGACAGCUUGUGCAGUUUCGUGUACGAGGCGAAAAGGCCCUUCUUUAACCCAUCCAAUGGGUUACCAGAGAAUGAAUGGGACUGCAGCGACCACUUCCAGCUUUGCAAUGCUGCAAGAUAUCUCAGCCGCCACUAUAAAACACUAGAAUCAGUGCAUAUUGACCUGCGGUACCGGGGAGGCGACCCGGCCGUCCCGAGCUCAUUCAGCUUUAGAGAGCUAACCGCCCUGAAGCACCUCUUUCUUAAUCUGGACGAGUUCCACAGCAGGUUCUUCAUGCCGCGCUGCACGGAUGAGCAAAUCUUAGUCCAAUUUCUCCCUUCGGGCAUUAGCUCCCUGCACCUUGCUGGGCAGAGUGGCGAGGACCUUCCGCGGCUGGAAAAGAGUCUGCUUGGUCUUGCCGAGGCCGCCGUCAAAGGACAGUUCAAGAAUCUGAAGGAGGUGAGAUGGGACAGAGCAGCCAAAUUGAAUGCGGAAAACGUUGUAAUGUCCUUGUUUGCCGACGCAGGGGUGGAAUUUGCAUACGACAGCUGGCCGGAGACGAACUUGGCGUUCUACCAGAGCGUCAGUAUACCAUAUCCGAAUUUUAAAGAUCCAUGGAGGGCAUUUCUGGACAGCGUUGAGGAGGACACCCGUGACCUUUGA